AUGGGAAAAGGUAGAGUCAAGGCAGUGGAGAAAAGGGUUUUAGAUCAGAAACUCAAAGGAUCGGUUAAUGUCCGUUCUGGACCGGUUUAUUAUCCGACCGAAGAUGAAUUCAAAUACCCAUUAGAGUAUAUUUACAAGAUCAAGGCAGAAGCAGAGGUUUAUGGGAUCUGCAAGAUUGUUCCUCCCAGUAGCUGGAAACCUCCUUUUGGUUUCCGACAAAGACGCAAGAGUCGUCCUGCUUCUUGUAACUCGAAGACGUUUCAGUUGGAGUUCAAUAGGUUUUUGGAGGAGCAGUUAGGUAAGAAUCUAAAGAAGAGAGUUAUCUUUGAAGGAGGUGAUUUGGAUCUCCGUAAGCUGUUCAAUGCGGUGAAGAGGUUUGGGGGUUAUGAUAAGGUUGUCAAGGGGAAAAAAUGGGGUGAAGUUUAUCAGUUUAUGAGCUCUAGUGAAAAGAUCUCCAAGUGCGCUAAGCAUGUUUUGUGUCAGUUGUAUAAGGAGAAUUUGCAUGAUUUUAAGAACUAUCACAGCCUGAUGAAUGCAGAUCCUGCAAAGGAUUGCAAAAGAUUGAUGAAAAGAAAUGCUGAUGUAACAAAACCCAAGGUGGAAAUUGAGGAAGAGAUUGAUCAAGCAUAUGAGCAAUGCAAAAGUGACAAGCAUGGUGAAGUGAUGCUAUUGUGUGAUAGUUGUAAUAAAGGCUGGCAUAUAUAUUGUCUCUCACCACCAUUGAAGCAUAUCCCACCUAGGAAUUGGUAUUGCCUUGAUUGCUUAAACACUGAUGAAGACACUUUUGGCUUUGUUCCCGACAAAUCCUUGUUGCUUGAAGAUUUCAAGCGCAUUGCUGAUCGUGCCAAACGGAAGUGGUUUGGUUCAGGGCCAGCGUCUAGGACGCAGAUUGAGAAAAAGUUUUGGGAAAUAGUAGAAGGGUCAGGGGUUGAGGUUGAAGUUAUGUAUGGUAACGACUUGGAUACUUCUGUUUAUGGGAGUGGUUUUCCUAGAGUAGGCGACAGAAGACCAGAAUCAGUUGAGGAAAAUGUUUGGAAUGAAUAUUGUGGUAGCCCUUGGAAUCUCAAUAACAUGCCUAAGUUGAAAGGAUCUAUGCUUCAGGCGAUUCGGCAUAACAUCAAUGGUGUUACAGUGCCUUGGCUAUAUCUUGGAAUGCUCUUCUCUUCUUUUUGUUGGCAUUUUGAAGACCAUUGUUUUUACUCUGUGAAUUAUCAUCACUGGGGAGAAGCAAAAUGUUGCUAUGGUGUACAAGGCAGUGCUGCAAGUGCUUUCGAAAAGGUCAUGCGGAAAACCCUACCUGAUCUCUUUGAUGCUCAGCCAGAUUUACUCUUUCAACUGGUUACUAUGUUGAGUUCGACUGUCUUACAAGAACAUAAAGUUCCAGUCUUCACAGUAUUACAGCCUGGAAACUUUGUGAUCACGUUUCCAAAAUCCUUCCAUGCUGGAUUCAAUUUCGGUUUAAAUUUUGCAGAGGCCGUCAACUUUGCCACCGCCGAUUGGCUACCUUAUGGUGGUUAUGGGGCGGAGCUGUAUCGACUGUACCGUAAACCUGCAGUAAUAUCUCAUGAAGAGCUUCUCUGUGUGGUAGGUAAAGAAACAAUGAGUUUGUUGGGAAACUGCUGCGAUGGCAAAGGGUCAAUGUAUUUGAAGAAAGAAUUGCUCAGAAUAUAUAGCAAAGAAAAAACUUGGAGAGAGCAACUCUCAAAAAGUGGUAUUUUGAGAUCUUCUCCUAUGUUUCUGCCUGAAUGCCCUGAUUCUGUGGGCAUCGAAGAGGAUACUACAUGCAUCAUCUGCCAACUGUUUCUCCAUCUUUCUGCUAUCAUUGGCAAGUGUAGGCCAUCCGUUUUUUCUUGCUUGGAGCACUGGAAGCACCUUUGUGAGUGUGAACCUCCAAAACUGCGCCUGGUAUAUCGUUAUACCCUUGCAGAGUUGCAUGGAAUGGCACAAGAAGUUGAAAAGUCUGGUGACUGCAAAACUCAAGAAACCAAAAGUUCACAACGGCCGAGUUCAGGCACCAAACAAUCAGGUGCUUCUAACAAAAAGGAGGGAAUGCAAGUUUGUCAGGCACGACCAGCUGAAGAUUGGCUUCGUCGAGCUUCAAAGGUUCUCCAUGAUGUCUUUUCCAGUGUUGAAUAUGCCACUCUUUUGAAGGAAGCAGAACAGUUUCUUUGGGGUGGAUCAGGAAUGGACCGGCAAAGAUCUGAAGCUCUUGGCGACUGUCUUUCAAAAGUCGAAGGCAAAUUCAACAAUGAUCCAGACAAAGUACACUUGGAGUUCAUCGAUGAGUUGCUGAAAGUUGACCCCGUUCCUUGCUUUCAGUCUUGUUAUCUUAAAUUGAAGGACUAUGCUGAAGAGGCUGGGAAAUUGUCUGUGAAAAUCGACUUUACUCUAUCAAGUAGCCCAACGAUCACCCAGUUGGAGCAGUUGCAUUCCGAAGUCUCCAGUUCACCAAUCUCCCUAACAAAACACAAGAUCUUGUCAAAGAAAAUCUCUUCCGCAAAG